GUAAGCUAAAGUAAUUUUUUUUCCGCUUAGAAGCUCCAAAACCAAAAACUCAAAGGACUUCAGCCACACCCACAAAGGUUUGAAAGGUAUAACUCUACUGUAUGCAAACUAGAUCAAAAGGCAAUCAGAAUCUUCUUUUCAACGACAACAUCAACCGUUUAACAAGAGAACUACGGGAAAGAAGAGACACUAUAGAUCUUGAACACAACCAUCCUCUCAGAAUGGCUGAUGAACAAGAUAACCACAAUCUACCUGCAAACAUUGGUGCUGGAGAUGCACCAAGGAAUCACCAUCAGAGGCAAGGGAUUGUUCCUUCUACUGUCCAAAACAACAACUUCGAGAUUAAAAGUGGUCUCAUCUCGAUGAUUCAGGGAAACAAGUUCCAUGGUCUGCCUAUGGAAGACCCACUCGACCACUUAGACGAAUUUGAUAGGCUCUGCAGUCUAACAAAAAUCAAUGGAGUCAGUGAAGAUGGAUUCAAGCUCCGGUUGUUCCCAUUCUCCUUAGGUGACAAAGCACAUAUCUGGGAAAAGAAUCUUCUACCUGGAUCCAUCACAUCCUGGGACGAUUGCAAGAAGGCUUUUCUUACAAAAUUCUUUUCAAAUGCAAGGACUGCUAGACUCCGCAAUGAGAUUUCCGGUUUUGCACAAAAGAAUGGAGAAAGCUUCUGUGAAGCCUGGGAGCGCUUCAAAAGCUAUACCAACCAAUGCCCUCAUCAUGGCUUCAGUAAAGCCUCUUUGCUCAGCACCCUUUAUAGAGGUGCUCUUCCACGGAUCAGAAUACUUCUAGAUACCGCGAGCAAUGGAAAUUUCCAAAACAAGGAUGUUGCUGAAGGCUGGGAAUUGGUUGAGAACUUAGCUCAGUCAGAUGGUAAUUACAACAAGGACAGCGACAAGACCAACAGAGGAACAAUUGACUUAGAUGAUAAGCACAAGAAAGAGAUGAAAGCUCUUAAUGAGAAAUUGGACAAGAUUCUCCUUGGCCAGCAGAAGCAUGUGCACUUUCUAGUUGAUGACGAGCAGUAUCAAGUCCAAGAUGGGGAGGGGAACCAGUUAGAAGAGGUCAGCUACAUCAACAAUCAAGGUGGCUACAAAGGGUACAACAACUUCAAGACUAACAACCCCAACCUUUCUUACCGCAGCACCAACGUUGCUAAUCCACAGGAUCAAGUGUAUCCUCCACUACAAAAGCAGAACCAGAACAAACCUUUUGUUCCUUACAACCAAGGUUUUGUUCCGAAGCAACAAUUUCAAGGGAAUUACCAAUGGCAACCACCACCUGGGUUUGCACCUCAACAACACCAAAGUCCUGCUGCUCCUAAUUCCGAUAUGAAGCAAAUGCUACAACAGCUUCUCCAAGGACAAGCAUCUGGCUCAAUGGAGAUCGCUAAGAAGAUGGCUGAAUUACACCAUAAGCUAGAUUGUAGCUACAAUGACCUGAAUGUAAAGGUGGAAGCAUUGAGCUCCAAGGUCCGAUACUUAGAGGGACAAUCUGCAUCUACUUCUGCUCCAAAACCUCCAGGACAACUCCCAGGGAAAGCAAUUCAGAAUCCAAAGGAGUAUGCUAAUGUUCAUGCUAUCACCCUAAGGAGUGGAGCCCAUACUCGACCCCAUACUCGAUGGUCAUACUCGACCAACAAUUCCAGUAACGCCAUCCACUACUCUGAAACCAAGUGCUGUUAAAAACAAGGAAAAGGUCUUUGUUC